AUGUAUGACAACUGCGGUAAGAAGUCGUUCUUUGGUGCUCAAUUACCAUGUCCUGCUAAUAUCAAGGCUGUCAAGCCACUGGGUGAGUCGAAACUGCUUUUGAAUAAGAUCUGUGGUGACGAUUUCCCCACCGAUAGAGUCUGCUGUUCACACGAUCAAUUAAUCAAUUUGGAAUCUAAUUUGAAGAAAGUAGAUCCAUUGAUAAGCUCAUGUCCGGCUUGCCGAACUAACUUCUAUGACUUUUUCUGUAAAUUCACUUGCUCUCCAGAUCAGUCUACAUUUGUCAAGAUUAAUAAAGUUGGUCAAUCAACUGAUACCCAUCAAGACAUAAUUACUGAACUUACUCAGUACGUUGAUCCUGAAUAUGCCUCUGACUUCUUUGAUUCCUGUAAGAAUCUCAAGUUCUCUGCAACAAAUGGUUAUGCAAUGGACUUAAUUGGCGGUGGUGCUAAAAAUUAUUCUGAUUUUUUGAAAUUCUUGGGAGAUGAAAAACCAUUAUUAGGUGGGUCUCCAUUUCAGAUUAAUUUUAAAUAUGAUUUACAUGAUGACAAUGAAAACUUAACUUUAAGAAGCGGAAAUAUGAAAUCUUGCGAUGAUCCCGAUCCAAAGUAUAAAUGUGCUUGUUCAGAUUGUCCAGACUCGUGUCCUGUUUUACCUGAUUUGAAGAAUACUAAUAAGAAAUGUAAAAUUGGUAUAUUACCCUGCUUUUCGUUUUCCAUAAUUAUUAUAUGGGCCAUGUUGAUCUUGGUUUUGGGAUUAUACCAUAUGUGGUUGGCUAAAAGGAAAAGAAUAACUUUUGCCCAAUUAAAUAAUAUUUUAGAAAACGAUAUUGAAGAAACUCCUCCAUCGUCUGGUACAGGUUAUUUAUAUUCAGUUAACCAAAGUAGAUUAAUAACCGACUUUCAGAACAGGAUUGAUAAGUUACACAUUUCCCAUAUCAAGCUAAUUGAAUUCAUUAGCUCUACAUUUGCUAGAAUUGGUUAUUUUUGUGCAUCUUUCCCAGCAUUGGUUAUAAGUGUUUGUUUUGCAUCAAGUAUAAUUCUUUCAUUAGGAUUGCUAAAUCUUAAUUUGGAAACUAAUCCAAUCAAUUUAUGGGUAAGUCCUGAUGAACCGGCUUUACAUCAUUUACAAUAUUUUGAAGAGAAUUUUGGAGAAUGGUUUAGAAUCGAACAAAUUUUUGUAAGUAAUCGAAAUCAAAGUGAACCAAUUUUAAAUUGGGAUAACAUUGAAUGGUGGUUUAGUAAAGAGCUCGAAUUACAAUCAUUUACAAAUGAAGAAGGGAAAAAUUUAGAAUUGGGUAAUUACUGCUAUCAACCAUUGGAAAAUGGUGCUUGUGUAAUUGAAUCUUUCACUCAAUAUUUCCAAGGAAACAUUGGAUUCAUGAAUCCUUCUAAAUGGCAAUCUCAACUAAAAUCAUGUGCUGAAUCACCAGUUAAUUGUUUGCCUCCAUUUCAACAACCAUUAAAGAAGAAUUUAUUAUUUUCAAAUGAAUCAAUUUUAGACUCUCAGGCAUUUACUGUUACAAUAUUAAUCAAUAAGAAUCUGUCAAAUGACGAAUAUACUAAAGAAGUCAUUGAAUAUGAACAUUAUUUACAGCAAUGGAUUUUUGAUUUACAGAAGGAAGUACCCCACUUAAAAAUUGAUUUUAGUACAGAAGUAUCCUUACAAGAAGAAUUGGCAAAAUCUACCAACACCGACAUUAAAAUUGUUGUGAUAUCCUACUUGAUAAUGUUCUUGUAUGCUUCUUUGGCAUUAGGUGGUAAAAUACCUACUGGAAUACAACUAAGAAAUUUCGUAUUAACCAGAUUUCAAUUAGGAUUAGGAGGGAUUAUUAUAAUUUUAAUUUCUGUUACAUCGUCGGCUGGGGUUUUUAGUGUAUUGGGGAUUAAAUCAACAUUAAUUAUUGCUGAAGUAAUUCCAUUCCUAGUUUUGGCAAUUGGUAUUGACAAUAUUUUUCUUAUUGUUCACGAAUUGAAUUACAUUAAUGAAAAUGCAACAACCCAUAAAUCAUUAGAGUUUAGAAUUCUGGAGGCAUUGGGUAAUAUUGGACCAUCAUGUUUAAUAAGCGCAGUAUUACAAGUUUCAAUGUUAUUAUUAGCUACUAGAGUAGCCAUGCCAGCAGUACGUAAUUUUGCAUUCUACUCCGCUGGUGCGGUUACGUUUAAUUUCAUCUUACAAAUGACCGGAUUUAUAUCAUUUUUAUCGAUUGAUCAAAGACGGUUAGAAGAUGGACGAGUUGAUUGUUUGCCAUGGAUACAAGGAUCGCCAGAAAACAUUCAAUUAGCUGAAGAAGACGAUGACGAGUCACCUCAAGUAGUCAAAUCGCAUUUUGAAUAUGAUUUUUCUGGAUUUAUCAAACACCGUUAUGCGCCAUGGUUAUUGAAGCCACUGAAUAAAAGAAAGGUCUUAACGAUUUUUUUAAUUUGGAUCGGAGUAUCAUUAAGUGUGAUACCGGGGAUUAAAUUUGGCUUAGAUCAAAGAAUAGCUUUACCACAAGGCUCGUAUUUGGUUGAUUAUUUCAAUUCGGUGUAUGACUAUUUAAAUGUCGGCCCACCGAUGUUUUUAGUUAUUAAAGAUUUGGAUGUUACUCAAAGAGAAGCACAACAAGAGAUAUGUGGGAAAUUUUCAACUUGCAACGAGUAUUCACUUGCCAAUGUGUUAGAACAAGAAUACAAACGGGCCAAUGAAUCUAGCAUAGCAGAGCCUACAUCGAACUGGUUAGAUGAUUUUUUGAAUUGGUUAAAUCCUAAUUUAGACCAAUGUUGUCGACUAGUUAAAAGUUCAAAUAACGUAUUUGAAGAGCAAAAGCAAUUUUGUAAACCGACAACUCCAGAUCGACAGUGUGAGACCUGUUAUUUGAACCACGAUCCACCGUAUACUCCUAGUAUGGAAGGGUUACCUAUUGGAGAUGAGUUUAUGUUUUAUUUCAAUCAAUGGAUACAAGAACCCAGUGAUCCAUGUCCAUUAGGAGGGAAAGCCCCGUACGGAAAUAGUAUAAAAGUGAAUCCAAAAAUAAAUCGAAUCAGUUCGAGUUAUUUCCGUACCAGUCAUACGCCAUUGAGGUCGCAAGAUGAUUUCAUACAAGCGUAUAGGAACUCUCUACGCAUAGUGGAAGAAAUUGAAUCAUAUACUGCAUCAGACAACAAGGAAGUAUUUGCAUUUUCCCCCUUUUAUAUUUUUUUUGUUCAAUAUGAGAGUAUUGUUCGGUUAACGUUCAAUUUAUUGGGGGUUGCAAUGGUGAUUAUAUGGUUGAUUGGAUACUUGUUAUUGGGAAGUAUUACCGCUUCCACUAUAAUGGUUGCGGUGGUGAUGCUGAUUAUUAUAAAUAUUGGAGGGGUAUUAUCACUCUGGUCUAUCCUGUUAAAUGCGGUAACCUUGGUUAACUUGGUAAUCUGUGUGGGCUUAGCGGUUGAGUUCACAAUCCACAUCACGAGAGCUUAUGUCAAUAAUGAAGGAGCAGAGCUAGAUCAAGACGACGAACUGCUCUUCAAUGGGUUUAUGAGUACUAACCAAUCACCACCUUCCGAUAAUCAAUCUUCCAACCAGAACAUCAAAGCGUUCAAUGCCUUGGCCAGCAUUGGUGGCUCGGUGCUAACUGGCAUCACCAUUACAAAAUUCAUUGGGAUUAGUGUAUUGGCCUUCACUAAACUGAAAAUCUUUGAAGUGUAUUACUUCCGUAUGUGGUUAUCCUUGGUUGUGAUUGCAGCCCUCCAUGCCUUAGUCCUCCUUCCCGUCAUGCUCAGCUACUGCAGAACCAAUUAUCCAAAAAUAACUACUUGA